UCCUCGUGGCAAGCCAAUGGUGUGGCCUAUCAUGGUUGUAAUGCUCCUCUUCCUUACGGUUGGUAAUGAAGUUUUAGUAUCCCUCUAGUCACUGCCUUGCGACAGAAGCAGGAUCAAAUUGAUAGAAAAAACGGGGACCCUGGUCCGGAAUCUAGUUUUUUUUUUCAGAAUUCAAGCAAAUUGAUGAGGUGGAACAAUGGUUAGUUCAAGGUCAAUGGCUGUUGCUGGAAAUUUGUGGCUCUGUGUCAUCUUGCUAUCUAGCAUCUCAUUGGAGGGUGCUCAAAAUAUAGACAAGAUAUACCCAGGAUUUCAAGCGACUCGAAUGGGUUCGAUCGGCACUAGCGGGGUGUUUCUUUUGUCCAACAGCUCGAUUUUUGGCUUCGCCUUUGUCCAGGCCUCCGGUCCUACUCUAUACUCGUUAGCUGUGGUUCAUUUCCGCAGCAACACCGUAGUCUGGUCUGCAAAUAGGGACAACCCGGUUACGAAUUCUGAUACAUUUGACUUCGAUGAGAACGGCGACGCAUUUCUACAGAAAGCAGGAAGCACGGUGUGGUCAACUAAUACCAGCGGCAGAGGAGUUUCCGCGAUAGAGUUGCAGGAUUCAGGAAACCUGGUUAUGCUCGGGAAGGACAGUACAGUGGUUUGGCAGAGUUUCGACCAUCCUACCGAUACGCUCUUAUCAAACCAAGAUUUUACGCAAGGGAUGAGGCUCAUGAGCCCCGGGUCCAAGAACUUGACCUACACUCUCGAGAUUAAAUCUGGCGAUAUGAUCCUUUCUGCUGGUUAUAUAACGCCUCAACCAUACUGGUCGAUGGGGAAGGACAGCAGACAUCUGAAGAACCGAAACGGCGGUCAAGUAGUCUUGGCCACGAUGGUUGCGAAUUCGUGGAGAUUCUACGAUGAGAGCAGGACUUUGCUGUGGCAAUUCCCCUUUUCAGAUGAUAGCAAACCUAAUGCCACUUGGAUCGCCGUCCUGGGAACAGACGGGAUCAUCUCGUUCUCCAGCUUGGGCAGUGGAGGAAUGCCUGAUUAUUCUCCCGAGAAAAUACCCAGUGAUGCAUGCAGUACACCAGAGCCUUGCGACCCGUAUUUAGUCUGUUCUAACAGUAACAUCUGCCGGUGUCUCCCAGCCUUCAAUUCUCAUCCAGAUUGUGGUUCGGGGCUGGGUUCUCCUUGCGACCACUCAAAGGCCUCAGUCGAUCUCAUUGAGGCAGGGGAGGGAAUUGGCUACUUUGCGCUUGCGUUUCGCUCCCCGUCACUGAAUGCUGAUCUCCACAGAUGCAAGGCCUCUUGCCAGAAUAAUUGUUCAUGUCUCGCAUUAUUUUAUCAGAAUAGUUCUGGAGAUUGUUACUUGUUUGACAGUAUUGGGGCCUUGCAGAGCUCCGACCAGAAUUCUGGAUUUGUCUCUUACAUUAAGGUGCUCACUGGUGGUGGUACAAAUGGCGGGAAUUCUCAAGACAACGGACGCAGCAAGAAACGUUGGUCAUAUCUUGUCCUGUUUUCUGUUUCCACAUUCUUGGUUGGUCUCAGUCUGAUUUAUGCUGGAUUCAGAUUUUUUAAGGCAAAGCCGACAAUGCCUGAAAACUUUCUCGAAAGUUUAUCAGGAAUGCCAGUUCGUUUCAGCUAUAAAGAGCUUCAAGAGGCAACUUAUAACUUUUCCAGGAAGCUAGGGCAAGGCGGGUUCGGGACGGUAUACCAAGGUGUCCUACCAGAUGGGACAAGAUUGGCUGUAAAAAAAUUGGAAGGCGUUGGUCAGGGAAAUAAAGAGUUUCGAGCUGAAGUAUGCAGCAUCGGAAGCAUCCAUCAUCACCACUUGGUCAGGCUGAAGGGCUUUUGUGAGGAAGGAACACACCGGCUUCUAGCAUACGAGUACAUGGCGAAAGGGUCUCUCGAUAAAUGGAUCUUUAACAAAGACAAGCAAAGCAUGUUAGAUUGGGGAACACGAUAUAAAAUUGCGAUUGGAAUGGCGAAAGGACUGGCCUACUUACAUGAAGAUUGUGACAUGAAAAUUGUUCACUGUGAUAUAAAGCCAGAAAACGUGCUUUUGGAUGAUAAUUUCUGUGCCAAAGUUUCGGAUUUCGGAUUGGCUAAGCUAAUGACGAGAGAGCAGAGCCGUUUUGUUACGACAAUCAGAGGCACGAGAGGUUAUCUCGCGCCAGAGUGGAUAACCAAUCAUGCCAUAUCUGAGAUGAGUGAUGUGUACAGUUAUGGGAAGGUUCUGUUUGAAAUAAUCGGCGGGAGAAGGAACUACAACCCUGAGGAAACAUCGGAGAAAUCCUAUUUCCCCCUCUAUGCUCUCAAGAUGAUGGAAGAAGGGAAGCUGAGAGAGAUACUUGAUCCGGGUCUUGAGAUCGAUGAAAGAGACGAGGCAGUUUCUAUUGCUAUUAAAGUUGCGUCGGCGUGCAUACAAGAAGAUAUGAACCUGAGACCGUCGAUGUUUAAAGUCAUCCAAAUGCUUGAAGGUGUCUGUCCUGUUCCUCGGCCGCUGACUUCCUCUCAGCAAGGUUCUCGAUUCUUUCCAAGCUUUUUCAAGCCAGAAGACAAUAGCGACACAAUACUUGCGGCGGUUCAGCUUUCAGGUCCAAGGUAGCAGCAAGUUGUAAUUCCUCAGGAAUUUUUCUGCAGAGAAAGUAUGUUCACGGUUUUUCCUCCUUGCUGUGUGUACCAAGUUUUUUCAGAAAUUCAAGCACAAGUAGUUGACUAUACAACUGACAGUUGAUGCAUUGAUCAGAAUUACACAGCUUUAGUGUGCCUGGUCUUUUGAACUUACACGGCCAUUCAGCUUAUAUCACGUUUCAGUGCUAGAAAGUAGAAUGAGAAAUCACAAAAGGUAUAUCUCCAGGUGAAGGAAACAUUUUUUGAGGCUAAAAAAUUUUCAGCUUUCAAUGUAUAAGCAGUAUCAUUUCACAUAGUAUCAACUGGAGCUAAUUCCAACUCUCGAGAGGUAAUAUUGGAAGAGUUGCCUCAGUCGCUCAAGACAUCCAAGUGAAUCGAUUCUGUAACUUUCGGGGGUCCUUUGAAGUAUAAAAGAGGCAUAACGGUCGCAUUGAAGAUGUCUACGGGGAUUUGCCUGCAGAAGUUUGAGUCCCUUGUCCAGACCGCUAUGAUGAGGCAGAGAGAUCUCCAUGAACUAGGCAUGCUCCUGAUGUUCCGGAUAUGCAGCUCUUGGGAUCCCGACCUACUGUCGAUGUGUGCAACAAAAGGCUUAUAGGACUAUACGAGUUAUAUUGAAUCGAAUAAAUGGAAAUUCUGCUAGAUAUCUCUUGAUCUUGGAAAGUUUCAUGUGGAUUCAAGAUGGAUGGUCAGCUUAGUGAUAGGAUUGUUAGAUAUAUU